AUGGAAAGCAAAGAAACAUCCUACAAACCUCUGAUGUCAGAGGAGACCAGAGACUCCGAGUCUCUUGAAGGCUCCAUGUACUCUAUCAAUGGGGCUCCAAAGCAUCGACUUUGGUCGAAGUGGAAAUUACGGCUUCAAAGCUUAUAUAUGGGACAUACGAGCUUUCUUUGUCUUGUUGUUCUAAGCAUGGCUUUUGGUUUUGCGUUUUCCGUAUUGCGGGCUCCCAGUGAUCAGGAUUGCGCCCGACAGUUGUCCAUGUGGUCUCCUGUACUUGACGCUGUCGAGUAUAUACAGUACGACUUUGAUGACGCUUUCAAUUCAACGAGCAUCUAUCGUGGUCCCCCAACCCCGGAGAGAGAGCAGGCCUGGUUCGAUCUGACGUACAAACAUGCGGUUGAGAUCCCACAGGACAAAAUUUCCGGACUGAAUCGAUCUGAGGAGGAUCAUUUGGAGCGCGUUUCUGAAGAGGAGGGCAGUGGCUACGUCGCGCUCAUUGAGGUAUUCCACCAGCUACAUUGCUUGAAUAUGGUCAGAAUGUACACGUGGUUGCAGGCAGGCAAAUACGACAAACCGCCUUUGGGGUUGGCAUUUGACCCACUAAAGAACAGAAUUCAUGUUGAUCAUUGCAUUGAAGCUCUACGGAUUUCGCUCAUGUGUUUCGCCGACGUCACUCCGUUAUUUGUUCGCUUAGGUGGACCACUGGGUAAACGGGCAGAUUUUGAAACGCAUCACAAGUGCAGAAAUUUUACUAAGAUAGAGCAAUGGAUGGACGAAAACUGGACGGUAAGAUAG